UCUCGCGAGAUCUGAACUGGUUUCCAUGGAUCUGGUUUGUUGUUUGCAGACCAUCAGCACAGGAGAGCUGUAGCUAAACUAUCUAAAGCUAAAUCACGAGAAUAUCUGUACAGUUUCUCUGCAGAAACACCCGAAUACACACUGCCCUCAUCUGACUGACCAGUACUAGCUACUUUACACACAUACAGCAUGCCUCCAAAAAAGAAAGGAGGGAAGACUGCGAAGGGCAAGAAGAGCCCUACAGUGGUGGAUGGACUUUCCACAGAGGAAAUGUCGAAGGAGCAGUUGGAGGACCACAUUGUCCGCUUGCGUGAAGAGCUGGACAGGGAGAGGGAAGAGCGCAACUACUUCCAACUGGAACGAGAUAAGAUCCACACCUUCUGGGAGAUCACCAAAAGACAGCUGGAGGAAAAGAAAGCAGAUCUCAGGAACAGGGAUCGGGAAAUGGAAGAGGCUGAGGAACGCCAUCAAGUUGAGAUCAAGGUGUACAAACAGAAGGUGAAACACUUGCUGUAUGAACAGCAGAACAGCAUCGCAGAGCUCAAGACAGAGGGAGUGGUCACCACCAAACUGCUGCAGAAGGAACAUGCAGACCUGGAGAAUGAUCUGCGGAAGGGCAUUCGGAAUCUAAAAGUGGAUAUCAAGGAACAGGAGCUUUCCAGUGAAAAUCUGAUCAAGAGUCUUAAACUGAAACAUGAUGAGGAAAUUACCAAGAUCAGGAAUGAUUUUGAACGACAAGUACGAGAAAUAGAGGCUAAAUAUGAAAAGAAAAUGCUGGCUCUGCGCCAGGAGCAGGAUCUCAGACGCAAGACUGAAAUCGAGGAAAUAGAAGAAAGGAAGAACUGCCACAUUAACACACUGAUACAAAACCAUGAGAAAGCUUUCAGUGACAUUAAGACCUAUUACAAUGAUAUCACUUCCAACAACCUAGCCCUCAUCAGUACACUCAAGGAGAAUGAGAGAGAAAUGAAGAAUAAAGAAAAGAGGUUGGAGAAAGAGAUGGCAAAGGUGCUGCGGGAGAACAAGCAGCUGACCGAGCCUCUGCAGAAGGCCACUGAGGAAGCCACAGAACUCCGGAAACAGCUGGCCAAUUACAAUAAAGACAAAAACUCACUAGCGGGAGCCAGAGCUCGAAUCAAGGUGGCAGAGAAAGAAAUAAAGGACCUGAAAUGGGAACAUGAAGUAUUGGAGCAAAGGUUCAGUAAGGUGCAGCAGGAGCGUGAUGAACUGUACCAGAAGUUCACCAAGGCCAUCCAGGAGGUGCAGCAGAAGAGCGGCUUUAAGAACCUUCUCCUGGAGAGGAAGCUAGCUGCUCUUACAGACUCCCUGGAGAAGAAAGAGGCUCAGCUCAAUGAGGUUCUUGCUGCCUCAAAUUUAGACCCCACAGCCCUCAACGUGGUUACUCGCAAGAUUGAGGAAGUGUUGGACUCUAAAAACAUUGCUAUUAAGGAUCUACAGUAUGAACUUGCUCGUGUCUGUAAGGCUCAUAAUGAUCUGUUAAGGUCUUGCGAGUCGAAGCUGAAAGUGUUUGGAAUCCCUGUGGAAGAAUUAGGAUUUAAACCCAUGGAGAUCAGCAUUGCGGGACAGACUCUGGGACAGGGUCCAGCAGGCCUGGUAUCUGCACCUCUCUGACAAAACGCCCUACAGACCAUUGAACUCUAAUCACAUACACUUUCACCUCUUUACCUGGAGUGCCUUAGAUCUGUUUAUUUAUUUCAUGCCUGUCAAAUAAAAAUUAUGAUAAUGCAUUUUAAAA